GAAAAGCCAACAAUGUGUAGCAAAUGGUACAAACAAGAGUUGAGAAAAGAUGGGGCGUGAUUUCAUGGUUUCAAAUGGGAAGUCAUCAUGUGUAUUUAAGGGGAAAAUAUUUUGUUUUUCUAGUUCCUUUCCAGAAGAUCGGAGAGCUGAAAUUGUUGAAUGGAUAAAUCAAGGGGGAGGCGAGGUUGUUGAAGAUCACAUGAAGCAGAAAGUGCACUUCACUGUUGAAUGUCAUGGUGGGAUACCAAGGAGUACAGACGUUCAUAGUACUUAUGUGUCAAGUCAUCGGGUUCGAUCAUGUUUAGAGGAUGGAUGUUUGUGGGAUACCAAUGGGCACAUUUUCUAUUCUCCUCUUCCUUGCUGUGUCCCUUUGCCUGGAUUUGAAAACAUACGGUUUUGUGUUUCACAAUAUGAUGACAAAGACAGAGUAUUGUUAAGAAAUCUGUGUUUUGUACUUGGGGCCAAGUUUGUGGAGAAGCUGACAAAGAAGGUAACCCAUCUAAUAUGCAAGUUCACCGAUGGGACAAAUUAUGAGGCUGCUUGUAAAUGGGGGAAACAAUGCAUUACAGCUGAAUGGAUAUAUGAGUGUGUCAGCCAGAUUUUCCCGCCAGACUGUUCGCUUGUUGGUCAAGACCAUUCAGAAACUUCUCCAAUUGGUGCUUUAUCUAACCAGUGGUCAAAAAGAGCUGAAAGAAAAGAAGAUGUCGGCAAUUCUACUACUGAAGAUGGGACUGUGGGCAUAUGUGAUGGCUUUAGUGAAACACAAACAGAGUCUCAGGUUGAUGACGGUGAAUGGGAGCUGUAUCCACAAGUAACUGCUCUAUGCAUUGGAAAUGCUAAAUACUUUGGCGUGGUAUGAAAAUUG